AUGUCUUCACUAUACGCUCCCAGACCCAUGCUGUCAUCGCAGCGCUACCACCAGCCAACACAAGACUAUGUCGAUGCCCGCCGCAGCAGCAUCCAGCAGCCGCCGUCUGGCGCCGCCCGCGCUCCUCUGCGUGAGUCCACCGGCAAUGCUCAGGCGCACAGCUUCAACGGCAUGAUCUCUUGCUACCAGAGCCCCGUAGCCAUAUCCCCUCCCAUGCCUCAACCUUCGCAGCACAUCCAGGCUCCCAUGGUCCCAUCGCAGUCCUUUGACUGCCUUUACCGCGUGCCCACUCCUCGUCAGCCUCAACCUCAGCAGCAGCAGCAGCAGCGCUUCCAGCGCAAGCCGCGAGCUGAUAUCAACCCUCUCUACUUUUGGCCUGCCUUUCGCCAGUACCGCAACAGACAGGCACACAAGGAUACCCAAAAGGACAAGGGUGGCGUUUGGCGCCGUCCUGAGCUCGAAGAUGCCUUUGUCGACUCCGUCCUGCUCAUGCCUCACAUGGGCCGCCGAAAGUUUUCCAUGGGCGGAAAGCUUCACGGCCGCAACAUGCUCAUCAGCGAAUACAUCUUUACUCUUUGCAUUGCCAUUCUAGGCAGCAAGGAAAUCUUCCGCAUCGAUAACAGCAACGACAGCAUCGAGCAGAUGGGACGCAAGCAAGUCUCCAGCCAUAUGCAGGUCGUCAAAAAGUUCUUUGAGGACCUGCGCUGCUUUCACUUCCUCUUCCCCUCGGAGGAAAAGAAGGAGCCUGGCUCGACCAACUCGGAGGACUACUAUGACGAAGAGGAGCAGGAAUCCUUCAAGUCCAACCCCAUCCUCACUGCCCUUGCCGAGGGUCGCGUGCCCGAUGUCAAGCCCAACUAUCCUUACUUUUCUUUGCUGCUCGCCCUCCAGUCCUACAUCACCGUGAGACCCAAGACGUGCGAAAUCUUUGUCUCGUCUUCCGACAUUAAGAUUCGCGACGAGAUUGCCUAUGACAUCAAUGAUACCCCCCUUGACCAGACUUCCUUUCCCCACCUGAACAAGUACAACAACUGCGAUGAUAGCCCCAACGUGCUGGGCAAGGAUGUUCUCCUGCACGAGUACACACGCUCACUCGACCACGCCACCUCAGCCUCGGUUAAGUCGGUCACGCGCCGUUGGCAAAAGGAUGCGCCGGCUAUGUACGAGACGCUGGAGCUGCCCGCGCGGGACGAGGAGUGCCUACUCAUGGAGAUGUGCGCCACGCUGGAGCUACACGAGCACGCCAAGUUCCCGUCCGGCUCCGAGCUGACGGGCUUCGUCGAGGUCGCCAUCACGCAGCAGGCUCUUCAGAACCACCAGUGGAAGUGCGUUACUCGCCUGACGCGCCCUACCGAGCUUCACAGCGACGAGGCGGACCACACGACCGUUUACACCAACGACAGCGGCAUCCACCGCCGCGGUUGCAGCGACUCCAAGCCCGACUGUGACUGCCACACGCGCUCCCGACAGGACAUUCACGUCCCCUUUCCCGCCGUGGAAUGGGCCAGCAUCCUGAGCAUGGCCGUGCAGUACCCGGACACAGAGCACCAGCGCGCCAAGGAGAAGCGCAUGAAGAUGAACGCGGCCGGCAAGAAGGCCGACGCUGAGCGCGCCGGCAGCAAGCGCAAGCGUUCCGAGGAUGACGGCGACGCCGCAUCGUGGGCCCGCCGCGAGCCGACCGGCAGCGACCUCAUCUGCAAGGUGGCCAUGUACCAGGAGCUCUGGUCGCGCGCGCCCGACUCUCCGCACUGGACCCGCCAGGCCAUCAUCUUUUGGCGCUUCAACACGACGAACCAGUGGUACAAGUACGAGCCCGUCUUCAAACCGGCGGGCACCUCGUGGCGCUGGCUGACCAUCAACGACCCCAUGUCACGCUACCACCAGCAAAAGGCGCUGGUAUUCCCGCCGGCCGGCGUGCCGCGCGACGCCCUCAUGUCGCCCACGCCCACCGUCGGCCAGCACCUGACGGCGACCAUGAAUGAGACGUUCCACUCGGCCUGGGACCAGGGCGGCAAUCUGCCGCACGUGCCGGCGCUCCAGACGUCGGGCCACGGCAUGAACCUGUUUGACUCCUUCUCCAACGGGCUGGCCACGCCCCCGCCGUCGGCGACGAUUGCACCCCCGCCAUACUCAUCCGGAAGCUUCGACUCGGCCUUGGGAGCCAACGGCGUCCACUUUUUGCCCUCGAACGGGAGCGGCGCCGCUCACCCGCCGCAGCAACCCGGCUCGCGCCACAGCUCGGGCAGUCUCGCGUCGAGUCAGACGUAUUUUGACAGCAGCAGCGGCCCAGUCUCGUACGCCGAGGUCAAGCCGGCACUGCCCGCCAUUGUCACCGGCUACACAAACGGCGGCGGCGUCUAUGACAACUCGCCCUGCGACACCAACCUCCAGGGCUGGGACAUGGCCACGCUGGAUCCGUGGGCAGCAGCGGCGGCCACGGGCGGCAGCGGCGGCGGACCUACGCCGACCUCGUCGACCGGCGCCCCGCAGGACUGGCCAGCACCGCAGCAGCACCAGCACCGACAUCAGUCCUUGCCGCAAUACCCAGGUGCAAAGAUGGAGUCUGCCGAUCACAAUCCGGGAAUGUGGGCGGCGCCACAGUGGAAUGUGCCCGGCGGCACGGGAUCGCAGAACGGCAGCCCCCGGCAGAUGAAGAGGCGCAGGACCGACGUGGAUGGCCACGUUGCUGUUGCGGCCGGUUGGUGA